AUGUGCUCCCCCCAUUCAUCCUUUUUUUGGGACUUCUUCCCGCCCGCGUUCAACUGCCCACACGAAGUCGAGCGGCUCGGUUCGCUCGGAGACGGCGGCAAAUGGGUCUGCGGGCUCUCGCGCGUGCAGGACAAGCCCGACUGCGUGGUGUACUCCUUCGGGCUCGACUGGGACUCGUCGUUCGAGGCGGACCUGCUCGCGGAGACGAGGCAUUGCGAGGUGUGGGGGUACGAUUAUGUCGCGCCGGGCUUUGGAGGGUCCGUGUCGAGGAGCGUGAGGCCGCGCACGCAUUUUGCGAGGCUGGGGUUGGGCGCGGCGGAUUCGCAUGGGAAGACGGAUGAGCCGAAGAUGUGGACCCUGGAGAGUUUGAUGCGCGCGAAUGGCCAUACGCAUAUUGACAUCUUGCACAUCGACAUCGAGGGCUGGGAGUUUGAAGUGCUGCGCGCGAUGAUGCGCGAUUUUCUUGGUGUGAGGCAUGAGGGGUUGGAGGGCGCGGAGGGGGAGGUGGAGCGCGGUGUGCUCCCGUUUGGACAGCUCUUGAUUGAGUUUCAUGUGUGGCAUCAGCGGUUUGCGGAUUUCCUUGCGUUUUGGGAGAUGCUGGAGGCUGCGGGGCUGCGGCCGUUUAUGUCGGAGGUGAACCUUGUGUAUGCGAAUUAUAACCGGCAGAGCGGCGUCGAGCUCGCAGAUUAUUCUUUCCUCAACAUCCGCGGCGACAACGCGUUCAUCUCAGAUGGGAUCACACGGAUAGAUCCCGAGGACGCCGUCGCCGCUGCCGCCGUCGCAGAAGCGCAAGCGGACGCGGACGAGCCGGACAUCAGGAACGUCCGACACGCGAUUGUGCAGCCCGCGGCGGACCACCGGAGGGCGGUAUGA